AUGGCCAAAAGUGAGAGUCAAAGAAGAAGUUUGAAGAGCGAGGAGUUCUACUUUGAUUCCGAGACGUCUGUCUUGGAUCAGCAAGACUUGGAGAUGUCUAGUUUUCCUUACAAUGACGUCUUUAACUCCAAAGACUCCCAGAUGGAGCAGAUCAACACUUUUCUGAAAAAUGUGCAAGUACUGCUGGAGGCUGCUCGCUUUCUGGAGAGCGCCGAGAGGAAGGACGGAAAGUGUGAACACGGAUAUGCUUCGACGUUUCCUUCAAAUCAGGACACAAACUACCAGAGGCAAAGGAAAUUCCGAAAUAAGAAGUUCAGCAGUAACCACAAUAGGUCCACACACAAUGAGCUGGAAAAGAAUAGACGAGCUCACCUGCGGCUGUGUCUGGAGCGCUUGAAGGCCCUCAUCCCACUUGGACCGGACUGUAGCCGCCAUACCACACUGGGCCUACUCAACAAAGCCAAAGCACAUAUUAAGAAACUUGAAGAAACAGACAGGAAGAGCCAGUACCAGCUGGAGUCUCUGGAGCGUGAGCAGAGGCAUCUCCAACGGCAACUGGAGCUGCUGCGAGGAGGCGGAGGUGUAACCUUGGAGGGCGAGAGGAUACGCAUGGACAGCGUGGGUUCCACCCUUGGCUCCGAGCGCUCCGACUCUGACCAAGAGGAGAUUGAGGUGGACGUGGAGAGCACCGAGUUCUCCCACGGAGAGCUGGACAGUCUGAGUACAGCCAGCACCAGUGACCUGGAUGACCACAGCAGCCUGCAGAGCAUGGCCAGCGAUGAGGGAUACUCCUCCUGCAGUGUCAAACUUGCCUUCUCCUCCUAG